GAACAAGGUUUCACUAGAAGCCCUGACAGGAAACCAAAUCCAGAAAUUGAAGGCCAUUCGCUUGUACCUGUUCCAAUCAAUACUGGCUCUGUAAACGCGGAGGCAAACGACGGACAUCAGUUCCCAGUAGCUAACCCUAUGGCACAAAAAGCAGUCACGAUGGAUGAGAACGACGAAAUUGACUUGGCAUUUGAAUUGGCACAUCAAGCCAAAAGCGCAUCCACGGUUCCCAGCGGAGCCCACAGCAAGCGUCCGUCCAGCCAACCAAAUGCAAGCAAAAUGAUGACCAGCAUGGAUGAUGUGACAGCGACAUUUAGCAAUGCUGAAAAAGACGGGACCAUGGGAUGCAGUAUGUACGAGCCGGAUAUUACACAAUCUGAGGGCAAUAGAAACAGACAACUGAAAGAUUCCCACAGAGACUCCCCACCACAGAUCAGUUCACACUUCCACACCCUACCUCAUUAUACUCGCCACUUCCAAACUCAAUCAUCAGCAAUCGACACUUUUUCACACAAUCCCUAUGUGAAUGUGAGAGACAUACAACGAUUUAUACACCCGGGUCGGAGCUGGUAUUCCACCCUACCAAAACGUUCUGACUGUCAGCCAGCAGCUGUCAUGUGGAGGAGCCCGGUGACCCCUCUGAGUGUAUUACCGCAGCCGUUUGUAGUUGCUUCGCAACAUGAUGCUCUCCUACAAGAAUUGUUCAACAGAGGUAGUCAGGAUACCUUGGGUCUUCAAUGAGCUUCCCAGCGUUACUCGACUCAUUAACUUCAGCUAUCAUUUUGUACAUUCAAUUUAAUCAACAUGUUUGCACUUCCGGUGAUACCUACACUGUGAUGAAUCGCAAGUGAGCUUAAAGAAGGGCAGCCAAAUGGUCCAUGCUUAAAUCACAUGUAGCAGGGCUUACCAAUCAGAUGAUCAGACACUGGAUCUUACUGCGCUCA